UUCCUCGCGCCACCCCUGGCGAGCGACCGGCAGGACCUGGACUGGCUACCGGAACGCUUCCUCUCUUCCCCCUUGCAACAUUUUCAUAAUAUAGGAAUCAAAUUGGAGUUAUUGUGUGUCCGGGGUCCUAGUCUUCUUCGGGUGAAUUGGCUUCAGGGUAUUGAGAUUAUGGAAAUCAGUGGACACUAGGGUCCAAGGAUACCAAGACACCUUGAACCUCUUCACGGUGCACUGGCUUCACAAGUAAUCGCUCCGUCCUUGCCGCGCUGACAUUGCAGGGUGUACGAGUAUACAGCAGCGAAGAGUGAUUCUCAUUGACGUAGGGUUGCAACCCCCCAUUGUUAACCUCGGGUCCAUGUGUCAUCGGUUAGAAAUCUUGAUGGUCAAGGUCAGUAUUAACCAUUUUAGCUACCAAGUGUUCAACAACUAUUCUUCUCCUGAACACUUCCAAUCUACUGACAAGUGAAAGAGGAUAUAAAAGCGGAAAGUACUUGUACUGAAAAACUUGUAACAUAUGAAUCGUCGGUAGUUUUAUGGGUUGUUAAAAGAAGGAUUUGAUUUACGAUAUUUUGAUUGUAGUUCUUAGACUUUGGUACCCGAGCUUGUUGCUUCAGCAGCGAAGACAGACAAGCUUUAGGAGUUAUUAAACUGUUGCAGAGUUCAUAAUACACGAGUUCUCUCUAUCAGCAGACUGCUUUCGUCACAAAAAAGGUUGGAGCUUUGGCUGCCUGUUUCUUCGCGAAGAGGGGUCAUCGGGUAUCCGUCUACGAAUAUCGUCCAGACGUCAGGCAGGAGGAUACAUGGGGUCAGAGUAUCGACCUGGCACUCUCGGUCAGAGGUCGCGAAGCUUUAAGGGCAGUCGGCCUUGAAGAUACCUUGAUCGACCAUCAUGGCAUCCCAAUGCGUGGAAGAAUGAUUCACGACAAGGAUGGCAAUCUGAAAGAGAUCAUCUACGAUGGAAAAGGGAACUGUAUUUACUCGGUCAGCAGACGAUACCUGAACAUAGUUCUAUUGAAUGCCGCAGAGAAGUACCCGGAAGUGACCCUCCAUUUCAAUAAAAAGGUCAUAGACGCGAACCUGGAAACGGCGAAAUUUAAAAUACAAGAUACCAUCACUAAUGAAACGAAAGAAUUACAAGCUGAUUUGUUGAUCGGUGCUGAUGGUGCUUAUUCGAGGAUCAGGAAAAUAAUGACUAGGAGGCCACGGUUUGAUUAUAGUCAGACGUAUAUCGAGCAUGGAUACGUAGAAUUACACGUUCCUCCUGGAAAAAACAACCAGUUCGUGAUGAGCAACAAUCAUCUUCACAUCUGGCCCCGAGGAGAGUUCAUGAUGAUAGCUCUGCCGAACGACGAUCGCACCUUCACUGCUAAUUUAUUUGCACCCUUCGACACUUUGGAUAAACUGACGACACCACAGGCGCUUUUAGACUUCUGCGAGGAGCAAUUUCCGGAUUUGAUUAAACUGAUAAGUAAAGAGAAACUGGUGAAGGAUUACUUUGAGAGGGAACCUAAAGCUCUGAUAUCAGUUAAGUGCAAACCUUAUCAUGUUGGAAAAACCAGCCUCAUUAUCGGAGAUGCUGCUCAUGCUAUGGUGCCUUUUUACGCUCAGGGAAUGAACACGGGAUUCGAAGAUGUUCUCUUGCUCGAUGGAUUAAUGGAGCAUUACGAUUCCGACUUUAGCAAGGUUCUUCCGAAAUUCACUGAAUUACGAUGCGAUGAUGCCCAUGCAAUAUGUGAUCUUGCUAUGUACAAUUAUAUUGAGAUGAGAGAUUUAGUAAGAACGAAAUCAUUCCUUUUCCGCAAACACCUGGACAUGUUUCUUUACAAACACAUACCGGAUGUUUGGACACCUAUGUACAGUACUGUACAUUUCACACGAAUGCGAUUCCGCGAUUGCAUUAAGAACAGGGAAUGGCAGGACAGGAUAUUACGCAGGAUUGGUUGGUGCUUGGGUAUUUUAACCCUCGCGGUAGUAUUAGCCCCAUUCAUUCAGUUACGCACGGGAGAUAGUAUUCUAUAUUAAACAACGGAUGUGCAAUGUGCACAAUCACAGGGAUAUGUAAGUGUCUGCGUAUUGAUUUUUAUAAUAAAGUACAAUAUAAACUUAA